AUGGGUAUGGCACUAGAUCCACAACUCGAUAAUGCUGACUCUGAUCUUUACGUCUUAAAAACAACAAUCAAAGAGCCCCAUCCCAUCACAUCAAUCCGAAUCUCCCCCAAUGGCUCAUUAAUAGCAUUAGCGACUAGAAAUAAAAUCAAAUUAUACAACUUACAGGGCCAAUUUAGAGGCGAGCUACUAGGUCAUACAAAGGGAAUAUCCGAUAUAAGGUUUUCACCAAUAAACUCCUCCGUACUUGCAUCCUGCUCCGAUGACUUAACUAUUCGACUUUGGUCCAUACACAAUCCAUCCUUGUCAAGUACAUCGCAAUCAUCUACAAAGUGUAUAAAAAUAUUCAAAAAACACACCUAUCACAUCACAACCAUCCGCUUUAACUCCAAGGGCAAUUUACUAAUCAGUGGCUCAGCUGAUGAAACGAUCACCAUAUGGGAUGUAAUCACGGGGAAAAUCUUGACUACAUUGGCCGCCCACUCCGAUCCCAUAUCAAGCUUGACACUAACCCCAGACAACUCAAUCAUAAUCAGUGCCUCCUACGAUGGAUUGAUACGAUUGUUUGAUUUGGAAACUUAUCAAUGUCUAAAAACUCUAACUACGAGCACGUCACAUGGGACGGCCACUAGUUCACUUUCAACUGCUGAUUUGCAGAACUUCCCCGUGGCUAAUGUCGAGCAGUCGCCUAAUGGUAAGUACAUAUUGAGUACAAGUUUGGACGGCGUUGUUCGGUUGUGGGAUUAUAUGCUGAACAAAGUUGUAAAGACGUUUGUGGGGCCGGGUGAGAAACCGGUUUGUGAAAAGUAUAGUUGCGAACUGAGGUUUAUUGUUAUUGGCAGUGGCGGCGACGGGGUUGGGUCUGGUUCUGGUGCUGGAGCUGGAGAGAACGGUCUGAAUUGUAUUGUAAGUGGUAGUGAUUUAAGUGGUGUCUUGUGCUGGGACAUUAAGCUGAAGGAUUUGGUGUGGCAGUACAAACAAGACACGAAUACAAGUGAUAGUGUAGAUGAUGCUGCUGAAAAUAAUGCUAUUUUAACUCUUGAUACGUUUGAAAUGGGAAAGUUACUUGUCACUGGCGGUCUUAAUGGAGUAGCGAAUGUAUUUGAGUUGAAUGCAAAUUGGAAACGAAAAUAA